AGAAUAUAAACUAAGUCUGCAUUACAAUACAAAGACAUCUCUUCUCUGUUACAAGAAAGACCAUUCAUUCAGCUAUGAGCAAUAAUGUCAGAAAUGGCUAUUCUGAUGCUCCAAAUCAAUCCAAUAGAUAUGGCUUGGUUACAAGAUCCUUGAGUCGGCCAGUUCCUUCUUUCUCUUCACGGAACGCUUGGUCCAUGAGUGAUUUGAUAGCUAAUAGGCGUUUGCUCGAUGAUCCUCAAUCCACUUACUCAUCAACAGCUACAUCAAACGUAGAUUCAAUAUCACAUCAGACUCCAAUCCGAACCAGCAACAACUUACGGAGGCAACACCUGGAGGCACUAAGGCAAGCCGUUCACAACCAACACCAUACACACGAGAGCAACUCAAGAUCUGCAGCAUCACAAGCCAGAGAAGAAUACCAUGUUCUGAAACAUCUAACAAAACAGACAUAUAACCCUGUCCGGAAAAGCCAGCUCCUCAGAAACCUGAGCUUAUACUACAGGAACAAGAACCCGGGAAGCGAAAACUCAAGAAGCCCUCAAGGUUACUCUGGUGAAGAAGACGAUGAAAAGAGAUGCACAGUGUGUUUAGAAGACUUUGAGCCCAAGGAAACAGUGAUGGUAACUCCUUGCAAACAUAUGUUUCAUGAGGAAUGUAUAGUUCCAUGGUUGAAAAGCAAAGGACAGUGUCCUCUCUGUAGAUUCGUCAUUCUCAACCCGACAAGAGGAGAUUAUUCUCCUGGUGUUAGCUCAGAUCUUGCCGGAGACAUGACAGUGAACGAUCUCUUCACGUUAGAGCUAAUCUCUGUGGUUCGUGCAAUGGAAGAAAGUUUCCUUUUUGGUUAUCCUCGUCGCAUGUAGAAUCAUAUUUGUUGAUAAUAACCAUUGUAGAUAGGCAAUAUCUAUAAAGAAAAUUCAAAUGUCUAAA